UAGUUUCGGCAUUGUGCCGACAGAGGCCCUUUUCGUCGCAUGUUUUGUGCGUGACAUCCCGUUUCCUUUGCAGCCGGCUGCAGAUUCACAAACACAAAAACAUGCCUGAACUCAGCGCACAGGAUUCUUCCAAGCGGGAGCCAAAAGUCGAGGACAAAGUGACUGUGGAGGACGCCAGUGACACCGACUCCGGCAGCGAUGACACGGCGCCAGAACUUGACGAUGACAUUGGAAAGGCGACUGGACAAAGUCAGAUUGCGCAGGCUGCGGGCAUCACCGAGGAGCUGGUCAGCAAAGCCAAGCAGAGUCGGAGUGAGAAGAAGGCGCGCAAGCUGAUGUCCAAGCUGGGACUGAAGCAGGUGCAGGGCGUCUGCCGGGUGACCAUCCGAAAGUCCAAAAACAUCCUCUUUGUCAUCACCAAGCCAGACGUCUACAAAAGCCCGGCGUCAGACACCUACAUAGUCUUCGGAGAGGCCAAGAUUGAGGACCUCAGUCAACAAGCCCAGAUGGCGGCGGCCGAGAAGUUCAAGGCACCCGACGCUGGUGCUGCGAUGGGCGAGCCGGCACAGGCUGCAGUGUCUCAACCUAUCGAAGAGGAGUCUGAAGAAGAGGAAGAGGUGGACGAGGCAGGAGUGGAGGGCAAGGAUAUUGAACUCGUCAUGUCCCAAGCCAACGUCUCUCGAGUCAAAGCAGUCAGGGCACUCAAGAACAAUAACAACGACAUCGUCAAUGCAAUUAUGGAACUCACCAUGUAGCAGUGUCCCCAAGACUCCAAACAUCGUGUGGCGACGCUCCGAAAAAGCUUUUGUUUUUUUUUUUUCUCCGCCUCCCCCACCCCUUGCCUCGUGUAAAAAAGGAAUUGAGUGAAUGUGGGAGACUUCGUCCGCACUCUGCUGGUGGGCUUACUGGCGGACUCGACUUCCCAUUCAUAGUGUUGUGAACAGUUGACAAUAAAUUGUAAAGCCCA